GGCUUCGAGAGCAUCCGGAAGGGGCCCCCAGCUCCCUGUUAGACGGGAGGAGAUGGUUUGGGAAGAACAAGCCAGGGGCAAAGAAGGACACAUGGACAGGACUCCCCUCUCCCAUCUCCUGGCCUCCACUUGUCUCUCGGGGCAGGUCAGAUGGUCCUGCCCCUCACCAAGGACCCUCGCGUGUCAUGACUGCGGGGCAGGAUGUCCAUGAGGAGCCCCGUCUCUGCCCGGCUGGCUCUGGAUGGCGCUGGCACCAUGGUGAACUGCACCAUCAAGGCUGAGGAGAAGAAGGAUCCUUGCCGUGAGGACUCCCAGGGUUCAGCCGCUGUGGCUGAGCCCCAGCCUGGAGACCCAGUCCGGGACCCCCCAGAUGCCGCUGACCCCCAAGCUCCAGCUCAGGAGUGUACCUCUCCAGAGAGCAACGGGUGCCCAGAGCCGAAGAGACCAGGCACCUCCGAGGCAGCUUCUGGAAGCCAGGAGAAGCUGGACUUCAACCGCAACCUCCAGGAGGUGGUUCCGGCCAUCGAGAAGCUACUGUCCAGCGACUGGAAGGAGAGGUUUCUGGGAAGAAACUCUGUGGACACCAAAGAUGUCAAAGGGACCCAAGAGAGCCUGGCGGAGAAGGAGCUGCAGCUUCUGGUCAUGAUCCACCAGCUGUCCACCCUGCGGGACCAGCUCUUGACAGCCCACUCAGAGCAGAAGAACAUGGCCGCCAUGCUGUUCGAGAAGCAGCAGCAGCAGAUGGAGCUGGCCCGGCAGCAGCAGGAGCAGAUCGCCAAACAGCAGCAGCAGCUGAUUCAGCAGCAGCAUAAGAUCAACCUCCUUCAGCAGCAGAUACAGCAGGUCAACAUGCCUUAUGUCAUGAUCCCAGCCUUCCCCCCAAGUCACCAGCCUCUGCCUGUCACCCCUGACUCCCAGCUGGCUCUGCCCAUCCAGCCCAUCCCUUGCAAACCAGUGGAGUACCCGCUGCAGCUGCUGCACAGCCCCCCUGCGCCCGUGGUGAAGAGGCCGGGGGCCAUGGGUGCCCACCACCCCCUGCAGGAACCCUCCCAGCCCCUGAACCUCACAGCCAAGCCCAAGGCUCCUGAGCUGCCCAACAGCUCCAGCUCCCCCAGCCUGAAGAUGGGCACCUGUGGAGCCCGGCCCCCCAGCCACGGAGCCGCCACACGGGAUCGGCCGUGCAGCCCACCCAGCCUGCCUCUGGGCUUCCUGGGUGAAGGGGACGCUGUCACCAAAGCCAUCCAGGAUGCCCGGCAGCUGCUGCACAGCCGCAGUGGGGCCUUGGAGAGCUCCCCCAGCACCCCCUUCCGCAAGGACCUCAUCAGCCUGGACUCGUCCCCAGCCAAGGAGCGGCUGGAGGACAGCUGUGUGCACCCUCUGGAUGAAGCCGUGCUGAGCUGUGACCUGGAUGGCUCCCGCCACUUCCCCGAGUCCCGAAACCACAGCCACAUCAAGAGGCCCAUGAAUGCCUUCAUGGUGUGGGCCAAGGACGAGCGGAGGAAGAUCCUCCAAGCUUUCCCAGACAUGCACAACUCCAGCAUCAGCAAGAUACUUGGCUCCCGUUGGAAGUCCAUGAGCAACCAGGAGAAGCAGCCCUACUACGAGGAGCAGGCCCGGCUGAGCCGGCAGCACCUGGAGAAGUACCCCGACUACAAGUACAAGCCGCGGCCCAAGCGCACCUGCAUCGUGGAGGGCAAGCGGCUGCGGGUAGGCGAGUACAAGGCCCUGAUGCGGACCCGGCGCCAGGACGCUCGCCAGAGCUACGUGAUCCCCUCACAGGCAGGCCAGGUGCAGAUGAGCUCCUCAGACGCCCUGUACCCCCGGGCUGCAGGUGUGGCCCUGGCACAGCCCCUGGUGGAUCACUAUGUCCCCCAGAGCCUGGACCCCAACAUGCCCGUCAUUGUCAACACCUGCAGCCUCAGGGAGGAGGGAGAGGGCACCGACGACAGGCACUCGGUGGCGGACGGCGAGAUGUACCGGUACAGCGAGGACGAGGACUCGGAGGGCGAGGAGAAGAGUGAUGGGGAGCUGGUUGUGCUCACGGACUGAGCCUGGGCCUCCUCAGGGCGCGGCCCCGACCCCAUGGCACCGCGGGCGGCGUGGACUGUGUUGGCACUGGACUUGGGCACAACCGUGCCCUCGUAGAGACUGACGAGGGGGAGGCCUCCCCGACUCCCUGGGCGCCCUGAGGCGCUGUGGCCUUGGUGGCAGGACCUGCCUGGUGCUGGCUGGGCCGGCUGAGCUCCUGGACCCCUGGGGUCUGGCCAGGGGCCACUGGGUGACCCUUCUGCCGGCAGGCCGAGCCCCCGGGGUGCCACACGCUUUGUUUCCGUACCUGCCUUGUGGGACCAACAUUCCUCCCACGUGCACUGCCGAUCACCGUGCGAAAGGGCCUGUCUGUCCCUCACCGUCUGCCUGCCAAGUCCGGGCCUCUGGCUGCUGUGUGCGUGUGCGUGUGUACAUGUACAUGUGUGUGUUUUCAUCAACUCAGUGCACCAGGUAUUUAUUUCGUGCCCCAUAUGUGCCGGGCACCGUUGCCGAGUUCCUCUGGAUGUCUCUCAGUGCCACUGUCGCUUCUCUGGGGGCCUCUUCUGUGCUUCUGUGUCCCCAAAUUGCUACCUCUUCGUCAGUCUGGGUGUCUCAGGUUCUGUGUGACCUUGUGUGCAUCUCUCUGUCCCUGUCUGUCCUCGAGGCCCUCUCUCUCCCUUGCUCCAGGUCUCCCCUGCCCUCGCUGGCCUCUGGAUUCUCUCUAGCCCCUGGGCCCGCCAGCCCUCCUGACCCCUGAUCCCUGACCCCUGCCCCCCUUCCUGACUCUGCCAGUCUUUCCCACGGAGCCAUUUUUAGCUCCAAGCAGCAUAAGAAUGGCCUCAGCAUCCACUGGGCUUUGUCCUGGUGCCCAGCCCCUGGGCGCAGGCCGGGUCCCAGGAGUCGGGCAGAGCUGAUGGUGCCCCCUUUUCUGUCGCUGACAGGCCUCAGUUAGGGCCCGAAUGGCAGCCGGCCUCUGUUCCUCCUGAGCUGGAGGCCGGUGUUUUCCUGAAGGGGCCGGUAAGACUCGGGCUCCCCUCCCCCACGCUAGGGGACAGCCCCCCACUGGCUGCCCCAGGUGGUAUUUCCUAAGAACAUCAACCCCGUUGGCACCUGGGCUCAAGGUCCAACAGCUCCGGGUAAGUCUGGGCACCCUAAUCCCACAGGGCCCAUGUGAUGCCUGCCCCGCCCCAUCUCCUCUCCUUCCAGGCUGUUUCUUUUUUAUGACUGUAAACAUAGAUAGUGCUUUAUUUUGUUAAUGAGAUAAUGAGUAAUUUAACCAGCACAUUUGUUUUCUGAUGGCAUAAUAAAGACAGACCAUUUCAGAA